AAAAACUGCUGUCAAACGUCAGUUUCGUAACCACCGCACAUUUUUCGCUUUUUCCAUUUUCUCGCCUCAAUCAGUGAAAACAUCGGAGAAUUUUUAGGAUUUUAAUGUUGUAAAUUAAAGUGUAAGGCAAAAAAUGCUGUCGCAAAGUUUCCGUCGCAAUUUGCAGCUCAUGCUGCGAAGCACGAAUCGCUUAUCGCUGUCGAUGAGAGCCCUUGCAAAUCCCAGCGAAGAGUACACGGCACAGCCUCAAUACCCGGCAAUCGAAGAUCCUAGCUUUCGGUCCAAAAAGAAACGAGAAGCUGCUGAAUGGCACGAACGGAUCCAGCAAUUGAGUUCUGUGGAGGAGAAAUUGUUCGAAAUCAAUAUGCCUAAGUAUUAUGGCUAUAAGGCGCACAUUAUCACCGAUCAAAAGUUUCCGUAUAACGUUCUGCCUUUGGCACAGUACGCUACCCGAACUCAUCUUCAGGAAAAUCUGCCGGAGACCUAUGGGAAGUUGGGAGAGGAAGCCAAAAAGCUGCUGGAAGAAAUACGAGGCAAUCUGGAGGAUGUGAUAGGGUUCGAACUGACGGGAUACAGUCGCUCGUACGGAUCCAUCGAAGAAAUAUCUCCGGAAGAAAAGGAGGAAAUAGUCACUUCAUCGCUUUUGACGGCCCUAAACCGAGCUUUGAUUAAUAGUCUAUCAAAGAAAUAUACCCAUCUGAAUGAAGUUGAAACCGAUUUCGAUCCGCGACAUGAAUCAUUCUGGUUUUUAGGCGGCAUUCCACCCCCAUCCUUGGUGAAGAAAAUCAAAGAAGGAGUAGAAUGGCAGAAAGAGUAUGCCAACGAUCCAUAUGAUCGUAAAAUUCAGUACCUUGGCAAACCGUACAUCGCAUUGAGGCACAAACAUCCCUUGGAUGUGUUCGCUGAAAAUAAUGUAGAUAAUCUAGACGCUAAACGCGAUGGGGUAGAGAUCCCUGAGUUCCGUUUCGACCCGAUAACCCUAGGUUAUAACACCGAGCAGCGACAUGCUACGACUAUUCCUGGCUUCUGGCCUGGAGAUCAGCAUGAAUUUGGAUUGGUUUCAUUCCAGCGUAGAAGUCAUGCUCACCUUCGUCCUUCGUAUUGCGCCAUCGACGACUUGCAGGAGGCCCUUCACGCUCAAGGUAUUUUUUCGAGCUAUGCUUGGACAUUGGGACAAGCUUGCUACCAAGGAUUCUCUACUUUCAACGAUUUGACCUACCCACUGGCCACACAAACCGUUAUAACUGACGGAAAAAUGUGGUCAUUCUAUGCCUACCAACUCAAUACCACUCUAUUGCAUUCGGAUCAAGUUGAUGUGAAUCCUCGCUACAAUCAAUGCUGGGGAACGAAAGAGCUUCAGCUGUAUGAGCAUGUCGACGAGAAUGGCAAAGUGCAUGGGAUGAACGACGAAGUUUUGCUGCAUUUAAUUUCAUUCUACAUGAACACUCCUUAUAUCCGCGAGGGCGUCGACCUAAAGCCAUACUUGUGCAAAACCGAAACUCGAGUGGCCGACAUUUUGGACGAGAAGCGUCGUGUCUUCAUGGAGGAAAAGUACAAGCAUGUGGCCGCGAAUCGACCUCGACAUCGCCCGGAACCGGAACUAUACCAAUGGGAGAAAAUCUACAAGGUAGACAACAAAACACGCCAAAUGGAACCGAAACGGAGACCGUUCGAACUCGGCCAGAAUAUGUAUAAGCGGCGAAUGGACGAGCACGCUCUGAAGUAUAUCCCCCGGAAGGUGCGCCCGGAUGGGCCCAAGAGUAAGCCACGGUUCGAAGCGACGUACUAUCCGAAUGUGAGACGUUAAUAACGAUAAGUUUGCUACAUUCGUUCAUAGUUCUAUUAAAAAUAAAUACAGAUCAUUUUA